AUGGCAACAAGCCCUACUCGCGCCUUCCUCAGCAAUGUCAUGAGCGCAUUUCAAAUGAGGUUUCCACUACGACUAUGCUUCCGUGCCAGAGCAGGCAACAGGAGCAGGUCUGUGCCGGGCCCCUUUAAUCGAGCUGAUGAAUUGGGGUCCACCUUCUAUCCUUCUCUGCAUUCCAUUUUACCUCCUUCAUUCCCGGCUCAUGCAUUCUCCACACAAAUGGGCGAAGCAAGAGAGCCAGAGUUCCAAGUGCGAGACAACAACGUCUCGGGCACUAACAAGGUCGCCAACACCGAGCAUACCUUCGGCAACACUCACGUCCACCUCUUAAUCGCGAACAACAAUGGCUGGAAUAGCCACAGUCAUGAACGUACCUUGGACCAGCGAAGUGAACACCACCAGGAACAGAUGGAGACGAUCGAACUACGCGAUCGAGUCACGGACGUCGGCACGGCUAUGAGCAAAACCACCCCAAGAUCGCACCGACUGCCCAUCAUCAUACGAAGAAACCGAACCCUGGCAAUCUCCGCAUUCACAUUGAUACUUCUCACAGCCAUCAUUGUACCACUGGUGGUACAUUUCCGGCCUCGAGAAGCAGCAUCGCAAAACACAUUGGGAGUUUCAACUCCGCAAGCUGCUUUCCCACAGUCAACACUAUCAUAUACGACUUCGUCCACAGACCCACCCGUAACCUCUCCCAUGUCUCCACCAGCCUCUCCAUCUCCCUCCCCAGACUCCUCUUCUCCAACACUCACACCCGCAAACCCGCCCACCUCGCGCCCCAAAACCCCCACCUCAACACCGCCAGCACCAACAGCACGUGCCAAGAUCUACACAUCUCCAGGGUCCAGCUGCAAGGCGAACAGCGACUGCGCCGAGGGGCUCUGCUACUCGUACCACAGCGCAUCGGCGACAUGCUGUGGGUCGACCAUGUGGGGAUGCCCCGGGUACGACUGCGAGAAAAGCCGGGAUAACGGGUGUUUGGACCCGUACAAGUGCGCGACGACAGGGAGCACGAGGACGUGUGUGGGGUGA